GGAGCAUUCCAGCGGCAGUCUGUGCACAGAGAGUACACACGGUAGGAAACGAGGCACAGUCCGGCAAUAAUGGAAGACUACUUGAAGAUAGAGAAAAUUGGAGAAGGUACCUAUGGGGUGGUGUACAAGGGCAGGCACAAGGCCACAGGGCAAGUGGUGGCCAUGAAGAAGAUCCGUCUGGAGAGUGAGGAGGAGGGGGUUCCCAGCACAGCUGUCAGAGAGGUGUCUCUGCUUCAGGAGCUCAAUCAUCCCAAUGUUGUACGACUCCUGGAUGUCCUGAUGCAGGAGUCUCGUCUUUACCUCAUCUUUGAGUUCCUGUCCAUGGAUCUGAAGAAGUACCUAGACUCCAUCCCCUCUGGACAGUACAUGGACCCCAUGCUGGUCAAGAGCUACCUUUACCAGAUCUUGGAGGGCAUUUACUUCUGUCAUUGUCGUCGAGUCCUCCACAGAGACCUGAAACCACAGAACCUCCUAAUCGACAACAAGGGAGUUAUCAAACUGGCAGACUUUGGUCUGGCUCGGGCCUUUGGUGUGCCUGUCAGGGUCUACACCCAUGAGGUUGUAACCCUUUGGUACCGGGCUCCAGAGGUCCUUCUGGGUUCCCCCCGAUAUUCAACCCCUGUGGACGUUUGGAGCACUGGGACCAUCUUUGCUGAGCUCGCCACUAAAAAGCCUCUGUUCCAUGGAGACUCUGAGAUUGAUCAGCUCUUUAGGAUCUUCAGGACUCUGGGAACCCCAAACAAUGAAGUGUGGCCUGACGUAGAGAGCCUGCCGGACUACAAAAACACCUUCCCUAAAUGGAAGUCUGGCAACUUAUCAUCAAUGGUGAAAAACCUGGAUAAGAACGGCCUGGACCUGCUAGCGAAAAUGUUGACCUACAAUCCUCCCAAGAGGAUCUCGGCACGUGAGGCCAUGACUCACCCUUAUUUUGAUGACCUGGACAAAUCCACUCUACCUGCUGCCAGCAUCAACAAAAUCUAAAACACAUAAAAAUAGUCAUACUCAUUGUGAAUUCUCAUUCUGUAAAUACUUCUGUGUUCUAAUUUUUGUAGACCUUUAGUACAAGUUUGUCUUUCAACAACGUUUUUUCAAUAAAUCUGCACUUUGUGUAAUUCUCAUAA